AAUCUUAGUCAUUUGGCUCCAAAAUAGAUCAAGUUGGCUUAUUUUUCCAUUUACAAUCAUAUACAAAAUUUUAUGUAUUAUUUAGGUGUCUAAAAUGUACGUAAUUGUGAAACCUUGAUGUUUUCUUUUCAAACAAUAUUGAAUCACGUGAAAAUCACGUGACCAUAAGAUAGAAACAGAUAAGAGACCUUUGUCUUCCUCAGAGCUCUGGUAAUCCAUCCACACUCCCAUGACCUCUCCUCUCUAACUCCUUCUCUCUCCCUCCAACUCUUCAUUCCCACAAACCCUAAUUCCCCUAAUCAUGGGCUCCAAGGUCCUUCCUCAGGCUCUGCUAACAAUCCCAAGAAACCCUAACCACUACGCGCCGGUAAAGCUCGGGUUGUCUCGUCGCCCUUCCUUCUGUUCCACUGGCGUUUCGCUCUGCAAGGCUUCUUCGAGCUCAGUCAGGUCCAAAUUCAGCCCCAUUGUCGCCGCAAAGUCCAGACGGGACUUUGCUGUGAGAGCCGAGUCGGAAGGUGAGGUGGGAGCCACCGAGAAUGAAGAAGCUGUUGGUGAACCGGCUUCAGAGGCCGUAGUGGACGCCGAAGCAGGAGCAGCUCUGGAGACUGAGCCUGAGCCUGAAGAGAAGAAGCCGCCGCGGAAGCCUCGUAUCAAGCUCGGCGAUGUCAUGGGGAUACUAAAUAGCCGGGCAAUUGAUGCGGCAGAGAAGGAAAGGCCAGUUCCGGACAUUAGGAGUGGAGAUGUUGUGCAAAUUAAGCUGGAAGUUCCGGAAAACAAGCGUAGGCUGUCUAUCUAUAAAGGUAUCGUUAUUUCAAAGCAAAAUGCUGGCAUUCAUACAACAUUUCGCAUUCGGAGGAUUAUUGCUGGUGUAGGGGUUGAGAUUGUUUUCCCUCUAUACUCACCAAACAUCAAGGAGUUGAAAGUACUUAGUCACAGGAAGGUCAGAAGGGCAAGGCUAUACUAUUUGAGAGACAAACUUCCUAGGUUUUCGACUUUCAAGUGAGAGAGAGCAAUUGCAGCCGUUCUUCGGUUGUUUUUGUGUUGCAGUAGUCCCCUAAAUCAUGUACGCUGUAAGAACUAUAUCUUCCAAUCCAUUUGAUGUGAUGUGUAUCACUUGUCUCCAGUAGUUUUGUUGUAUGUAUCAGUUCUUUCCUUUUUCUAUUGUUCUAUAAACUCUACUAUUAGAAAGGAAGAAGUUUUUCCUCCAACUAUGAUAUC